AAGGUAUCGCCUUCAUUGUACUGCCAGCGUCCAUAAAUAAGCAACAAAAAAAGGUCCGGGACGAUGUGACGUAAAAGGUUUGGGUAUUCAGCUAGAAGUGGACUUAAAUCUAAGAGGAUGCCUACAACAGCGGAAGCUAUCCCGGUGGAUUCUGGAUAUGCAUGGGUUAUCCUCUUUGCUAGUUCCAGUCUGUAUAUGUUACUGUCGGGAGUGACAAAGGCGUUUGGGAUACUGUACACAGAACUCCUGAUUGCUUAUGAUGUCGGGGCUGGAAAUACGGCGUGGAUCGGCAGCUUACAGUCAUUCCUCUACUUUGCUAUGGGACCUAUAGCGAACCACCUGGCCGUGAAAUUUUCGUUCCGCAUGACAGUGAUGCUGGGAGGAGUAGUAAUGUCGAUUGGGUACCUUGUGUCUGCCUUUGUACCACGAGUUGAGUGGAUGUUUCUCACCAUCGGUAUUAUAUCUGGAUUCGGAGGCGGUUUACUUUAUUCGCCUUGCACAACGUUAGUCAGCUUCUACUUCACUAAAAGACGAGCCCUAGCCAAUGGAAUAGUUUUAUCCGGAAGUGGAUUAGGCAGCUUCACGUUUCCCUAUUUCUAUCGAUUUGUUAUAGAUGAAUUUGGUUUCCAUGGCUCCAUGUUUAUAGUUAGUGCUGUUCUUCUUCAUAUCUGUGUUGCUGGGGCGCUUCUUCGUCAGCCUUAUCAGCUAACCAAAGGCAAACGUUUAUCAGACCAUACACCGGAAGUGAAGGCAAACUUGAUUGGAAAUGAUAAAACAAAAGAGAAGAGAAUUAAUAAAAAGAAAAUUCCUAUUGUCGAUCUAAGUUUAUUACGUAUUCCUCGACUAGCAAUGUACGUUAUGUCCUUGACCAUCAACAUAUUUGCAUUUUCUGCAAAUUUUUCGGUCUUUCCAGCGCAUAUGCAAUCUAUUGGACUAGAGAAACACAAAAUAACUAUAGCAUUAUCUAUGAUAGGAGCGACAGAGAUAUUCGCUAGAUCAUUUUUCGGUUGGUUAGCUGAUUUAAAGAUAUUUGAGAAGAAAAAGAUAAUGAUAUGUUCUGCUGUUGCAAGCGGGACAGCCGCCAUCGUGAUUCCGUUUCUUCGAAACUUCCCUGCAAUGAUUGCUUACGGUUGUGUUGUUGGAAUAUUUCCGGGGGCAUUCUGGAGUCUGAUGGCUGUAGCGAUGCUGGACUGUGUUAAACUGGACAGACUGACAUCAGCGAUGGGAAUACUGACAAUGUUUUUAUCGCUUGGUCUCGUUAUCGGUCAACCAGUGAUGGGCUGGCUUGAGGAUGCUACUGGAUCCUGGAAUCUCUCCUUCAGGGUGAUGGGAGCAUGCUAUUAUAUUUCCGGUGCUAUUUUACUUAUGGAACCUUUAAUCGAGAAACUAUGGCACUACGAUCCGGAGACCAAAGAAAAUCCGAAGCAGAACGAAGAACAAAUCAAAAUGCUGAUAAGUAGGAAAAGUGAAACCAGAUUGCCAGAAGAUACUUCCGAAAACUGUCACAACGGCAUCAUUUUAUCUGAAAAUGUUUCCAAUUCACUUAAACCUGAUUUAAAAAUAGAUAUAUCAGACAGUCAAAUAGAGAAGAAAGCGCCCAUGACAACAUUAAGUGACGUAUAACAGUAUAACCUGCAUAGUGUACAACAGAUAAC